AUGAGAAUUCAAUCUUUUAUUCUUAUUGUCCUUGUUGUUGUUUUUUCCUCUGCGGCCAUUAAUCAUGCUACCUUCAUCAACCCCAAUGAUCCAUUAGUUAAUGAAAUUGGCAACUUUGCUGUUAACGAAUACAACAAACAAGGUAAUAAGCUGAAAUUCGAGAAGAUCUUAAGUGGUGUAUCUGAAAUAACACCACAAGGGACCAACUACCGCAUCACGCUUUCUGCCACAGAUGGUUCAACCUCCAACAAAUAUGCAGCCAUUGUAUUGGAUAAUCCAACACAACAUGUUAGAAAAUUGGUGAAUUUUGCAGUUAUUAAAGUCUAA